AUGGACGACUCCGCUACUGGCACAGGCCAACAGGAUGCCAAUUCGGCGUCCGCAAGCAAAAAGCGGACCCACCCCGAGGACUUCAAGCGUGCAUAUAAGGCUUGCAUCAACUGUCGUCAACGCAAGGCAAAAUGCAUCCUGGGUACGGGGCCAGAUGGUGGUGAACUAAAGCCACCAUGUCAGCGAUGCAAGCGGGAGAUGCGCGAGUGUGUGUUUCGCUCCGAGAGAAGCUGGGUUAAGAGACGUAAACCGGGGGAAGCGGCGCGCGAGGGCGAGGAAGACGAUGAGGCUGUUCAUGAUCGCCCUCAGUCAAAUCCUGCGCCAAACGUGCAGCCCUCGCCAGCUCAUAGGUCGUCUAUAUCGACGCAUGGUUUCACGCCGGGGACUAGUCCGCAUGUCAACGGCACGAAUCGCGCUGAGUUUCAGUCACCUCAUGGGCAUCUUCGCAGGAUCUCGUCGAGCCAGCCGGAUCUUGCGCAUUCGGUUAUGCGGACCGUGGUCUCGAGUGGGAGCGAUGCGUUGAAUUUGCUUUUCGAAGCUGCGCACCACCGCGAUGCUAUCGAUAGCCAGGAACAGUCGGGCUCGCAAGCAUAUGAGACUCCUAGGUCGGGGCCAUCGGGCUAUGAGGGUGUUCCGUCGUCGCCGUUCCAUACCUUCAGAGCGCAGCCGGUGCAGAUGUCGACGCCGUCACCAGAGACGCUGAAGACGUGGACAUCGUGUCGGUUCGUGCAGAUGGGCUGGUUCUCCGCGCAUGAGGCGGUCACCUACGUUGAUCUAUUCUUCAAGAACUGCUCGCCGUUGUCGCCAAUACUGGGAGAGUUUUACUCUCAUCAUGAGAAUCACUACACGCUGAUUGCGCUGGAUCCAUUCUUGUGCACUACCAUACUUAUGAUUUCAUCUAGGUACAACAUUCUUCCUGGUGUAGGUGGCGCAUCCAGAGGUUACUUCGUGCACGACAGGCUUUGGGAGCAAUGCCAGCGCUUCAUCAUGAAGAUCAUGCUCGGCCAGGUUAAGCCAUCCAAAGCGCAGAGUCGGACGAUCGGAUCCAUAGAGGCGCUUCUCUUGCUAUCUGAAUGGCACCCUCGCGCGCUGCAUUUCCCCACUGCUGCUGAUGGCUGGGAUUGCGAGCUCAUGAUCGGCGCGAACAACACCACAGAGGAAGGCGCGAAGCUGUUGGAAGGAGAUGUAACGUCCAACCGAUGGCUUGAAGAUGUCAUUGAGCCCGCAAAGCGUUCCGACCGUAUGUCAUGGAUGUUGAUGGGCUGCGCGCUGUCACUGGCACAAGAACUGGGUCUCUUUGAAGACAACGCUAGAAUCGACAAGGACCAAGUCUCCUACCCAAAGUUUACGACGGAGUACCUCAUCUUACGGAGGAUUCGGGCUCGGAAGCUACUAUACGUUUUGCUCGAACAGCUUUCAUGGAGGCUCGGUUGCACAUCGAUGAUCCCGCAGAGUCUUAAUCAUGCUCUGAUGGAGAAGAUACCAGUCGACUCUGCGACUGGUGCGGUCGAGCAAUGGCAGUCGUUCAUGAGUGCCUGGGUCGAACUCACCAAGCUCGCGCGCUCAAUCUCAGACACCAUCUACCCAAACACCGCCACAACACGAAGCUUACUACGCACUGGUCGCUACAUCGGGCUGCUCGAACACUUCCAGCCACUACUGGUAUCAUGGCGGAAGAAGUACCUCGACCCAUGCAAGCUCAAAGUCGGCCUCCACGACAUGCUCCACAUCGAAUACCAAUACGUCCGCAUCUACACCAACUCCCUCGGCAUGCAAGCCGUCGUCGAGCGUACACUCGCUGAAACCGAUCCCGAUGUGCCGCAGGAAGAUAACCUUCCCUUCAACCUCGAGCCGCGAGACUACGACUUCAUUCAAGAAGUCGUCGACGGAAGCUGCCAGAUCCUGCAAAAGGUCUGUCAGCUUUCUGAAACAGGGGCGCUGCGGUACUCGCCUGUCAGGAUCUUCUUGCGGAUAACGACUAGCUCAAUUUACCUGAUCAAAGGGUUGAGUUUGGGGAGUCGGAAUGCGAAGUUGCAGAGCUGCUUGGACAUCCUGGAUGCCGCGAUUAGAGCUCUUCGCGCGAGUAAACCGCAAUCUCUCCCCACUACUGUCGUCUACUAA